AUGAUUGAUUGUUACUAUGUUGUAUCAUUAACUAAUGAUGCAACAACAAUUGAUUCUGAAUGCCAAAAUAUGGAUUGUUAUGGCUCAAAUUAAAAUGUUAAAACUAAUGGUCUUUGUAAUCCAUUUAAAAUUACUAGUUCUGAUGGUAAAAGUAAAACAAUAACUUUUUUGUACUUUGAACGAUACUUAAAAAAAUGCAUUAAAUGUGAUUAUUCUAAUUAGUUUGAAAAGGAUAAUCAAUUUAUUUUUAAUUAAUUAUAAUAUUUACUAUCAAUUUUAUCUAAACAUAAUUCUAUUAAUAUAUACUCAAUUUAUAUUAUAGUAGUUUAUCCUGAAUUCAUUCUUUCAAAUACAAUAAGAACUUAUUCCUUUAUUUAUUAUAGCAGAGAUUGA